AUGGGAUAUUACCUAGCAUAUGGUAUAUAUCCUCAAUGGGCUGCAUUUAUUCCAACAAUAAGUCUUCCGCAAAAUGAAAAAGAAAGUCUAUUUUCCCAAAACCAAGAGAGUAAACGAAAAGACGUGGAACGUGCAUUUGGAGUAUUACAAGCUCGUUUUCCUAUAAUUCGGCAACCAGCUCUAGCGCGUGAUAAAGAAAUGUUAGGGAAAAUAAUGAUCGCCUGCAUUAUUAUGCACAACAUGGUAGUUGAAGAUGAACGAGAUUCAUAUUCCCUUCAUUUUGAUCCUAAUGAUUAUGGCCAUCCUCCACGCCCUACUACUUUAACGCAAAGGAAUGUAGGGACCUUUGAUAAGCCUUUCGCAUACGACACUAGUGAGAAUCGCAUAGCAAGUCUAGAAAUAUAUAUGAAAAAUAGGGGUCGAGUUUGUGACCAAGUUGUGCAUAGACGUCUCAAAGCAGACCUCGUAGAAAAUAUUUGGCUUAAAUUCGGGCAACAUAGGGGUUAA